AUGGCCAAGAACGAGGCAGAAAGAGUGCAGCAGAAAGUCGACCGGAUCAUGAGAGAUGCGCGAAGAGAGGUGGGCAUCUGGUCAGUCUUUGGUAUCCAAGAGGUGCGGGACAGAUUCUGGGCGGCAUGGCAGUCUGGGAAGGAUCUGGCCAUGAGGUAUACGAUGUUUGACGCGGUGUUUAUGAUGAUUGGCGGGAAGGAGGAGACCCUGGUGUCCGUCUUGGUGAAACUCGCAGUCCAGUAUGCAGCGAACCUCACCCUCGGCCUAGUCUCAGCAUUCUUCUUCUUUCUGUACCACGUCUAUCAGCUGCUCGUGAACUACGGCGAGGACGCAGCCUCGGGUCUGGCUUUCUUCCUGCUGGUGCUCGUCGCCUCCGCCUCCCUGGACCGGGGUCCUGGAAAGGGAGGAGAAGCAUUGAACAAAAAGCAUCGAAAAAAGCAUUGCUCGACACCAGUGUUCUUUCUUCCUUUCUUCCCUCCCCUCCCUCUCCGUCUCUCCCCGUGUCCUCCCCAGCCUCUCCACCCCCGCGUGUAG